CGUCAGCAGGGCCGUUUUCCCUCCACUGGCCGAUAUCCGAAUAUUACUUGCUUCUUCCUCUGUGACUCACACUGGUUUGCCUCUCUUCUAGGGUUUUGGGGAGCGUGUCCAUGCGCCAGGGCGAGCGAUGGCGCUCCAGUGGCGGCAGCUGCGAUCGAUGCUGUGGAAGAACUGGCUCCUCAAGCUGCGUCAUCCGGUGGCGACGCUGCUGGAGGUCGUGCUCCCCGCAACGAUCAUGCUCUUGCUCAUGGCGAUUCGAUCGCGUGUGGAUUUUCACACGCAUCCUCCUUCGGCGUAAGCAGAAGAUUCUCACAUUGUUGGAUUUUGCGAUCGUGUUGAACUUCAGGUAUAUAAAGGAGGGGAUGUAUGUGGGGGUUGGGAGGAGCAAAAUCUCUCCUAGUUUUGAGGCUGUCCUGCAAUUUUGUGAGGCGAAUGGCGAGCACAUAGCUUUUGUGCCAGAAAGCGAAGGAACGUCCACCAUGGUCGAUCUUCUCUCUUUGAAGUUUCCACUUUUACAGACCGUAGCAAAAAUCUACAAAGACGAAGAAACUCUGCAUUCAUAUAUCAAGUCGAAAACCUAUGGCACAGGGAAGAAACUGUAUCCGAAGAUCAAGGCUGCAGUAGUGUUUUUCGAGCAGGGCCCCUGUACAUACGAUUACAGUAUUCGUCUCAAUCACUCAUGGGCGUUUCAAGGUUUUCCCGACGUGAGAACUAUCAUGGAUACUACUGGAGCAUAUGUGGAUGAUCUUAUCCUGGGAGUGGAUUUGGUGUCAACUUAUGAAUAUGGUUACAGUGGCUUUCUGACGCUGCAGCAAGUUAUCGACUCCUACUUGAUCUUAUUAUCCCAGCAGCAACCAGAACUUUGUCAUUAUGAAAGUCGGAAACGGGUUUUGAAGAAUGAGUCGCAUGAAAAUGUGAAGCUCGUGACAGAAAAUGUGUUUCCAAAGUAUAUCAGCGUUGCGCCUUUCCCAACAAGGGAGUAUACGGACGACGAGUUCCAAUCCAUCGUAAAGAAUUUCCUGGGAAUAUUGUAUCUUCUUGCGUUUCUUUACCCAGUAUCGCGACUGAUUAGCUGCUCGGUACUGGAAAAGGAAAAAGGAAUAAAGGAAGGAAUGCUUAUGAUGGGGUUAGAAGGUACAAACUUCUAUGUAUCGUGGUUCAUCAUCUACAUGCUCCAGUUUGCUGUUUCCGCGUUGAUAAUUGUUCUUGUUACCAUGAACAGCAUAUUUGCAUACAGCAGCAUGUCCGUUGUCUUCGUCUAUUUCUUUCUCUUUGGGCUCAGUGCAAUCGCAUUAUGUUUUCUUAUCUCCGUAUUUUUCACACGAGCUAAGACGGCAACAGCUGUGGGCACACUCUCCUUCCUUGCGGCAUUUUUCCCAUACUAUGUUGUUGUGGACACAGAUGUCUCACUGUCGAUUAAACUUAUUGCGUCACUUCUUUCACCUACUGCCUUCGCUCUUGGAACUGUAAACUUUGCCGACUAUGAACGAGGACAUGUUGGGGUUCGUUGGAGCAAUAUUUGGAAAGAAUCAUCGGGGGUUAGUUUUCUUCUCUGUAUGGUUUUCCUUGCAGUAGAUGCUCUCCUUUAUUUAGUUUUGGCUUGGUACUUCAAUCAGGUUCUCAAGCAUAGUUGCGGACAUUUAACGUGUCGCAUGCUCUGGAAUUUAUGUCGUAAGAGAAAUAAUGAAGAAAUGGACGAGGAAAAUGAAGACAUGAUACCUCAAUCGGAAAUUGAACCAGUCGAAUUUGAUCAACAAGAAUUUGAUAAGUGCGUACACAUCAAGAACUUGCGGAAAGUAUUUGUGACUGCCGGUAGAGAAUGCACAGCUGUCAAUUCGCUAAGCUUGUCGCUUUGUGAGGGGCAAAUUCUCGCAUUACUUGGACAUAACGGGGCUGGGAAGAGCACAACUAUAGGAAUGCUUGUUGGUCUUGUUGCACCCACCUCUGGUGACGCGUUCGUACUUGGGAAAAGCAUAAAGACUGAUAUGAUGCAUAUUCGGAAGCAAAUAGGCGUAUGUCCACAAAAUGACCUACUCUUUCAGGAGUUGACGGUGCGGGAGCAUUUGCUUCUUUUUGGAAGUUUGAAAUCGGUUGAUCCUUCUGUAUUACAGACCGAAGUGGAUUCAAUGAUUUCCGAGAUCGGUUUGCUGGAUAAAUCUGAUGCACUAGUUGGUCAUCUUUCCGGUGGAAUGAAACGCAAGCUCUCCGUUGCGCUUGCAUUAUUAGGAGGUAGCAAGGUGGUGAUUCUGGACGAACCGACUAGUGGAAUGGAUCCCUAUUCAAUGAGACUGACCUGGCGGCUCCUUAAGCGUCACAAAAAGGAUCGGAUUAUCCUUCUAACAACGCACUCCAUGGACGAGGCGGACGUACUAGGUGACAGGAUUGCUAUAAUGUCAAGUGGGAAUUUGCGAUGUUGCGGAAGUUCUUUGUUUCUCAAGCACCGUUAUGGGGUAGGCUACACCCUCACGCUUGUGAAGGGCCAAUCCGGGACUGAAUCAAUAUCAGAGGCUAUACUUCGGCACGUACCCUCGGCAACACUUCUAAGUGAUGUGGGCUCGGAGCUAUCAUAUCGUCUUCCUCUUGCUUCUACCUCGACAUUUCAUUUGCUAUUUGAAGAGUUAGAAGCUCACGCAACGCUCUCUGAUUUAUCCGGUUCCGGAGAAGAGCCCGGUGGUAUCAAUUCAUGGGAUGUUGAAAGCUAUGGCAUUUCUGUGACUACGCUAGAAGAGGUGUUUUUAAGGGUUGCAAGUGGGGAAGCUCCUCAGCAAGAAGUACGUCCACUACAGAAAACAUGCAACGCUGAAGCUUCGGAAGCAAAGGCAUCAUGUAGUGAUGACCGCAUAGAUGUGGACAGUGGGGACGGUGCUGCAAGUUUUGAAGUGAAAAAGAGCCGCUACAGCUGGAUAUCAUCCUGUGUGGGAAUAAUCACAAGAGUUCUCGCAAGCCUGGUCUCGGUUUUCGAACGGUAUCCUAUUAUCCACCUGGGGAAACGACGGUCACUCUUUGGAAGGCACUUCAGGGCUCUAUUCAAGAAACGUGGUCUUAGUGCAAUGCGCGACAAGAAAACCGUUGUCUUCCAACUGCUGGUGCCAUCGCUGUUCUUGUUUCUCGGACUCUUGCUGUUGACGACAAAACCACAUCCGGACCAGCCGUCAGUGACUUUAACAACGUCACUUUUCAAUCCUCUUGUCACUGGUAGUGGUGGCGGCGGACCAAUACCUUUCAAUCUCACCUUGCCAAUUGCACAGAAGGUAGCACGUUAUGUUUCUGGAGGCUGGAUACAGAAAGAAGAACCUCGAGUGUACAAGUUCCCAGAUUCGGACACUGUUUUACAAAAUGCGAUUGACGCAGCUGGACCGUCACUUGGGCCUGCCCUCGUGUCAAUGAGCGAAUAUCUAAUGACGAGCUUCAACGAGACAUAUGAAUCAAGGUAUGGCGCUGUUGUCAUGGACAGACAGCACAGCGAUGGAAGCCUCGCUUACGCUGUGCUUCACAAUACGACGUGUCAACAUGCAGCUCCAACCUACAUUAACGUUGUUAACAACGCGAUACUGAAGAUGGCGACGAAUAAUUCUAAGCUUGAGCUACGGACUAGGAAUCAUCCGUUACCUAUGACGGUGUCUCAGAUGGCUCAACGACGCGAUAUCAAUGCGUUCUCUGCUGGUAUAAUUGUAAAUGUUGCUUAUUCGUUCAUCCCAGCUUCUUUUGCGGUGGCUAUAGUAAAGGAGCGGGAAGUGAAGGCAAAACACCAGCAACUCAUAAGUGGGGUCUCAUUAAUGGCUUACUGGAUUUCGACAUACGUCUGGGACAUGCUAAGCUAUUUAUUACCAGCAGGUCUUGCUGUCGGUCUUUUCUUUAUCUUCGGGAUGGAUGAGUUUAUUGGCAAAGAGUCUAUCCUGGCUACUUCUAUUAUGAUGGUUGCUUAUGGCCCUGCAAUUGCAGCUUCUACGUAUUGUUUAACAUUUUUCUUCACGGAUCAUUCGUUGGCUCAAAACGUAAUCCUGCUUAUUCAUUUUUUUAGUGGCCUUAUUUUGAUGGUUGUAUCGUUCAUUAUGGGCGUCCUUCGUGCAACAAAGGGUGUAAAUAGAGUUUUGAAGAACAUCUUCAGGCUUUCUCCUGGAUUUUGUUUAGCUGAUGGGCUGGCAUCACUAGCUCUUCGGAAACAGAGCUUAAAGCCAAGCUCUCAAAAAGAACCUUUUGCUUGGAACACGACUGGAGCAUCUAUCACAUAUUUAUGCUGUGAGAGUAUCUUGUAUUUCCUCCUGGUUCUUGCGAUGGAGCUGCUUCCUUCACCUUACAUUUUGACGGCUUGGUGCAAGAGCUGUUUUGGAAAAUGGAGGCGAAAUCUGUUCGCUAACUCUGGACGAGCUGGCACACUUUCCGAGCCUUUUCUACCGGAGGAACAUUUGGAAGAUGAAGAUUUGGACGUGGCACGCGAGCGGCGCCGGGUUCAAUCAGGAGGAAGCAAGGACAGCGUGGUUAAACUGGUUGAAUUACGAAAGACGUUUCCUUGCGGAGCGCGUCAACCACCUAAAGUGGCUGUAGAUGCACUGAGUUUUGCGGUCGAUGCAGGAGAAUGCUUUGGGUUUUUAGGAACGAAUGGCGCUGGAAAGACGACUACGUUAUCCAUGCUAUGCGGAGAGUUUCCUCCAAGUGAAGGAAAUGCCUACAUUGUUGGCCAUGACGUGUGGAGCAACCCGGCAGAUACAAGACAACUUAUUGGCUACUGUCCACAGUUCGAUGCACUACUUGACCUGCUGACAGUUAGAGAACACCUUGAACUCUAUGCAAACAUCAAGGCUGUUCCGGAAGAUAAGCUCGAGCAGGUGGUUCAAGAAAAGUUGACUGAAUUUGAUCUUUGGGGUCAAGCCCACAAAACCGCUUCUUCCCUGAGUGGAGGGAACAAGCGUAAGCUAUCUGUGGCAAUUGCAAUGGUGGCAGACCCUCCUAUCGUGAUUUUGGAUGAACCUUCCACAGGCAUGGAUCCAGUCGCAAGGCGCUUUAUGUGGGAUGUCAUUACACGUAUUUCAACAAGGAGAGGGCUUUCUGCAGUUAUACUAACUACUCACAGUAUGGCCGAAGCUCAGGCAUUGUGUACGCGCAUUGGGAUUAUGGCUGCGGGCCGACUGCGUUGCCUUGGCAGUCCACAGCACUUAAAAAGCCGUUUUGGAAAUAGCCUGGAACUCGAGGUCAAAGCUGUCACAACCACUCAAUCUGAAGUAGACAAGCUUUCUCAUUUUGUGCUACAAAAUCUGCCGGACUCUGAUGCUCGAGAGACAGAAAUUAUCGCAUUGGAUAACUCAGAUGCAACUCUGUCAGAAACGGAGGUUACGGCUGCGGCAUUUAUCCUUGGUAAUGAGCAGUGGGGACAAGCACUACUCUCUGGGCAUGCAUCUGUUGGUGAUGGUGCUCUAUCUGAGCUUCUGCUUCGCGAAUUAUCAAGCACAAGUACCGUCCAAACCAAACUCUUUUGUGAGUGGUGGCUGGCAAAAGAUCGGGCAAUGAAAAUUGACUUGUUCAUUCGAGCAUCAUUUCCUGGAGCUUCUCUUUUAGAGCGAAACGGAUCAAACUUCCGUUAUCAACUGCCAUACGGGAGUUCUUCCUUAGCACGGGUUUUUGGACACAUGGAGCAUCACAGAGCGAGUGCUGGUAUUGCGGAAUACAACGUUGGUCAGGCUACGCUGGAGGCUAUAUUCAACGCUAUCGCCGCACAUCAGUAGCUUUUAAGAGUGGGUACCUAGGUUUCUUCUUCUUGUUUCGUCAUAUAGGCCGCGAAGAUGUGUAUUUGUAAUAUUUUUGCUGGAUGAGUCGCUCGCGAUUGAGGUGCAGCGUUGUUCUAGCUCGACUUUGUUGCGAGCGUGUGAGGUACACUGUCAAAUGCAUUUGAAAGGCUUUUCCUUGA